AUGGAGCGCAACAUGCUGAGACGGGUGGCGAUGGUGGCGGCGGUGGCGAUGCUGAUGAUGAUGGCGGAAGGAGCGAGAGGAGAUGAAACGAUCGAGAAGAAAGAACAUGUGGCAGCAACACAAGGACAAGACUCACGCAUGGCGUCAGACACAAGCUUGCCCAUGGGCUCGCGCGAGAACCAAGGGUUGGGAACCAAAGGUAGCGAAUCCCGGGAUCAAGAUAGUCUCAAGGAGCAAGACAACCAAGACAGCACGAGUGAUAAGACCAGCGAAAAGGAGCAGCAAGAAGCAGCCCGUGAAGCUCAGGAAGAGGAGGAUGAGGACCAACUCUUAAGUGCUGUGGCGAAAUUCAAAGAGAGGAAGCGAAGAGAACAGGAGACGGCCGAGAAGGCUAAGAACCAGUUUGUGUCUAGCAGCUCCAUGUCUGAUUCGAAGUCAAGUCAGGAGGAUGAGAGUCCUAGCGGCCCUCGGAGCUCCCCAGCUCCCAUCCAGUUCAUCGCCAACGAGACCAUGGACGAGCUUGAUGCGGAGCGAUUGGCUUUCGAGGCGGCACAACGAGCUGUGGAGGAGGAGGAGGCUAGACAAGAGGCGCUACGGUUGGAGCGAGAGGCGGAGGAGGGUCAGCUGAACGAGAGGGCCGGGAGAGGGCGGGCAGAAGCUCAGCGCUUGUUCAACGAGCAGGAAGUGAAACGCAUGCAUGGAGACUUCGCGAAACCCGUCGAGCGCAAGUACAAGGAGCAGCUGCGAUGCUCGGAGUGUCACGUCGGAAUUAUUUCUGUGCCAAGAUGGUUUGCAGAGCUAAUGGUCAAGUCCAAAGUGCGCGGGAUGAGCCUCGAGUGGGAUGGAGGAGAUGUCACGAUCCCUCACUCUCUCAGCUUCUCCUUCAACAACGCCAAGGCUGUCAUCUUCGCCGCCACCUCCACGCCAGACAGUGAGGUCUGUGUCAACGGCAAGCUCAACGGCGCCAAGCACGUGGAUCGAGACGGUCUCGCCAAGGUUGCGACAGUUGCGGUUCAAUUCGGCGUCGAACGUCUCAUCGUCAUCAGCGAGGCAGGAGUUUCUCGCCCCUUGCAGACUUCGAUGCAGAGGCUGUCAAAGAUGUCCUUCAAUUCGAGCUCGCUCAACAAGCUCAGGAGCAAGUACGAGGGCGAGAGGCUCAUGGCAGACAUCGUCAAGAGCUCCAACGGCUCUCUCACCUACACCGUGAUCCGGGCGGCGAGGAUGGGAACAAGCUCGCACGAGAAAGCCUACAGCGUUGAAGCCAGUGAGGUCUGCACGAGACAGGGCGACAACCUGCCAUGGGAGGUGGAGGACAUCGAGUCGUACCAGCAUCGGAAGAUCGACGAGGAGGACAGGAUGCUGUCCAAGUGCGGUCAGACGUCGUGGGCUGCUCACUUCAAGACGAGGAUACAAGAUACUCUCCAACAUAUCCCCUCAAGCUCCCUGAGGAGACGCGAAGACCUGCUGCUCCUUCAGAGGUCAGUCGGUCACGAGCUUCCUCGUCCUCACUCUCCUCCUAGGGACUUGCGCGUCAUCAACGCACUGGAGGGGGCGAUGCCAGAGGCAGCACACGCGGGUGACUCUCUUCUUCCUCUGUCCUAA